ACUCAGAGAGGUCCCUAAUUAAUGCCAAGAUGGGUAUGAGACAAGCUAAGGUGCUGAUCUUGCUGGUACUCUAUGUUGCAGUUCAGUCAAGAAAAUUAAAAGAUGAAGUGAAAGUCCUAACCAACCGCCUGAAUUCCUUGGUCCCUCCAGAAAACUGUAUGGACCUACUGGUAUCUGGGAAGCACCCGAUUUCUGAUAACAUGAUUACAGCUUCUACUUAUUGGAGGAAGAAUGGACAAUACAGCCCAGCCAUGUCAAGAAUAAAUAAUAAUUACAGAAAGGUUGGAGCCUGGUGUGCUGACAAAAAUGACCAACAUCAGUGGCUACAGUUUGACCUUGGGACAGUGAGGAAAGUGACAGCAAUACUGACCAAGGGCAGGGAAUUUGAUCACAACCAAUAUGUCAGAGAAUAUCAGGUGCACUAUGGUAACAGUAGCCAACUGCAGCUGAAAGCAUACGGGGAUGCAAAUGGACGUAUUAAGACCUUCAAGGGAAAUGUGGACACUAGGAAUAUCCAGGAGAACGUGCUAUAUCCUCCAAUAUAUGCUCGUUAUGUGCGCAUUAAUCCAACCUCCUGGUAUGGUCACAUUUCUAUGAGAGCAGAUCUGCGUGGAUGUUGAAUGAUGAAUUUUUUCAAUUUUGACCAUGCACACUUCUUUUUUUUUCUUUUACAUCAAUAGUACAAAAGUGAAAAAACAGUUGACAGUCCAGUGAUAAUACAAACAAUUAGUUCUAAGAUGAAUGGAUGAACAGAAUGCUCUUCAGGGUAUUGGAAAAGAAACAUAAUUAUAAGAAUAAUAAUGGCUGACAAUUCCAGUUAAAGAAAAAAUCCAGAGCCUGCAAGUAUGAAGAUACCUAAGUUACUAAGUACAAGUUCCAUUGUUGUGAUUAUUCAGACAUUUCAGAUGUACAUAUAUUCAGAUAUGUGCUUAUAGUGCACUUCUUCUGACUUUGAUGAUAAUUAUCAGAUCAUCACAAUUUUGUUCUUUUAUAAACAAUGUGCAUUUACAGUGGUGGGAUUAUUAGGAAAAUAUUGUUUAAAUUUUCUUUAAGUUUUUCUUUAAAAUUUCAUUUGGGAUUAACUUUUAACUGGGAUU